AAAGUGAUUGAAAAGAUGAGGAGGGACGAAGGAUUGCGGGAUGAGGAGGAGCUGAGGAAUGCCUUGGGGGCAGAGAAGGCCGCAUGUGAGAGCAGAAUGGCAGCACUGGAGAGCUCUUUUAUGGCGACGAAUCCAUGCAGUAGCGUAGAGAGAGACGUUGACAGGGUACAAAUGCAAAUGAGUUCAUUAGCUCAGCGCCUUUCGGACAUUUCAAUGACGGUUGCCCGCCUUAAAGGCGGCUUCUCUGUACUGGAACGGGCAAUUGCCUUACAGAACGCCACGACACAGCGAAUGCCGAUAGAAAAUCUUCGCCUUGAAGUCCCCUCGUCACUAGACGCGGUGAAGAACCCGUCGAUGGAAGUCACCAACCUACUGUAUACUAUGAUGAGUCGCCAAAUGUCGAAGAUGGCUAGCCUAAACAGGGUGGCAGACAUACUCCGAACAGUUCGAACAAUCUUGUUAAACAGGCAGAAGGAGAUUGAAUUGAAGUUUGAGCCUCUUCAAGAGGCACUGAAGACAGCUGUUGUAAGCCUCACGACGUCUCUCGACAAGACCUUUAAAAGGGCUCGGGAGAAGGCAGAGGAGAACUAUCAGUGCAACUGUGAAGCACUUCGGGACUUGCGCAAUAAGGAGAUGGAAACGCGACAACUCAUUUCAUUUUUGCUAAAAAAGUUUUCACUACGCGAGGAGACCAAGGUAGCCUCUGCUGAUGACUAUGUUGUAUCUGUAGAUAGAAUCACAAAUUAUCGGAAAAUGGUACAUCAGUUGGGAGAAUCCAUCAAACUCACGCCAUUGGAGAAGUACACCGUCUCGACAGAGGCGCUAGAACAGGUAAAGCAGUGA